UCUUCCUCUCAAGACACUGAACCCCUCUCUCUGCCUUUUCCCACUCUCACUCACUCACUCGCUCACUCACUGCUGGUGCAUCUGCCCAUCUCCUGAUAGUUUCUUCCGCGGUUCCGCCGGGAUCCAGAUCUGACGAUGGAGGCGGUGGAAGACGACACAACCCUGGAGGCCGCGAUUGGUUGGCUUGCCGACACCAUCCUUGCAAAUCUCCCAAGGAUCCACCAAGCAGCUGGCCUCGGCAACGACAUCGGGAAGCUCAAGUGUGAGGUGGAGGCGGUGGAGAUGGUGGUUUCUGCUGUGCAGGGUAGGUCGGCCGGGAACAAGCCGCUGGCCCGAUCUCUCGCGGCCGUCAAGGAGCUGCUCUACGAUGCCGACGAUGUGAUCGACGAGCUCGACGGCUACAGGCUGCAGCAGGAGUUCCAACCUGAGACACUGCUCCAAACGGAUGGACAUGGCACGCUGCAAACUCAUGAGAAUUCCAGAGUAAAUGCUGAUCAUGUGCAGAGUAGCAGUAAUAGCAGGUUACGGUCCAAAGAAUGGGUUCACUUUGACAUCAUAGAGUCUGAACAAAACGGAGGGCCUUCCAGAGCAAGAUGCAACUACUGUGAAAAAGAGAUUAUGUGCACAACCAAAAUGGGGACAUCAGUUUUGAGCAAUCACCUCAAGAGCAAAGCUUGUAGCCGCAAACGUGAAGAAACUGAACCUUCUUCAAGCACCGCCGAUGCUACUACAACUCCUGCCCCUGUUGUAACUGGCAGCAGAAAAAGGAUGAGAACCGGUCAGGAGUCAUCACACAUCACCGCAGCUAACCCAAAUGGCCGGUGGAACAAGGACGCAUUUUCGGAAAGGAUACAAGAAAUCACUAGUCAGCUGCAAGGGAAACACGGGGUUAUCACAAGGCUUCUCAAGAUACUUCCGUCCGACUCUGUUGGUGCAAAUUCAAGUAACUGUCGGACUACAAUCUCAGAUCCACGCCGAAGAACAUCAGGUCUUUUUCAAGGAAAAGUCUAUGGGAGAGCUCAAGAGAGGGGAUCCAUCAAGACUUUGAUAGAAGAACACACAUCAACUGCCGGUGUAACUGUUCUGCCUAUUGUAGGCAUUGGAGGAGUUGGAAAGACGGCUCUCGCUCAGCUUGUAUACAAUGAUCCAGCUGUGGAAAGUCAUUUUGUUCACAAGAUAUGGAUCUGGGUGUCUAAAGACUUUGAUGAAAUGAGACUAACAAGAGAGAUGUUAGAUUGCGUCUCUCAAGAAACUUAUGAUGGCCUAUGCAGUUUUACCAAGCUUCAGGAGGUUUUGAAGGGUCAUAUUAAAUCAAAGAGGGUUCUACUUAUUUUAGAUGAUAUCUGGGAAGUCAUGGAUGACUGCCGGUGGAACAAAUUGUUGGCUCCUUUCAAGUGUGAUGAUGGUGCAAAUGGCAAUAUGAUAAUUCUUACAACCAGAAAACCGUCUGUUGCCAAAAAAAGAGGUACAAUUGAACCAAUUAACUUAGAUGGUUUGACAAGUGGUCAUUUCUGGCUAUUGUUUAAAUCAUGUGCAUUUGGUGAUGAGAAGUAUGAAGCACAAGCAAGUCUAACUGACUUAGGACAAGAAAUAUCACAAAGGUUAAAAGGAAACCCAUUAGCAGCGCAAACCGCUGGGGCACUAUUAAGAGAUAAUCCUACUGUUGAUCAUUGGAGUAACAUUCUGAAGACCGAGGAUUGGAAAUCUCUACAACACACUGGUGGUAUCAUGUCUGCUUUGAAGCUUUCCUAUGAUGAGCUGCCCUAUCAUGUACAGCGAUGCUACUCAUAUUGUUCUAUAUUUCCCUACGGUUAUAUUUUUUUGGCUGAGGAGCUGGUUCGCCUUUGGAUUUCACAGGGAUUUGUGAAGCAUGAUCAUUCAAAUAAGAGUUUGGAGGAGAUAGGGCGGUGCUAUCUGACUGACUUGCUGAACCUAGGCUUGUUUGAGCAGGUUGAAAGAAAAACAUCCUAUUUUGUUAGUCAGACUUUCUAUGUUAUGUCUGGCCUGAUGCACGAUUUUGCAACGCUAGUCUCAAGAACUGAGUGUGCAACUUUGGAUGGUUUUCAAUGCACUGAUGUUUUUCCAACUGUACAUCAUUUGUCUAUAGUGACCAGUUCUGUAUAUCAAAGGGAUAAUCAGACUAAGAACAUACCUCGUAAUGAGAAAAUUGAGUUUUUCUUGCAAAAUAUAUGCAUAUCAAUAAGAAAGUUGAGGACAUUAGUCUUAAUUGGGGAAUAUGACUCCUUUUUUUUCAAAGCAUUCAAAGAUGUGUUUGAAAAAGCACAUAAUCUGCGUCUGCUACAAAUGUCUGCAACACCUGCUGACUUUAAUUCCUUCUUGGGUAGCUUGGUAAAUCCUACAUGUCUUCGGUAUCUAAGACUUCAUGAGGCUAAGCAAAGGGGUUUACAAAGCUUGGCAUAUAGUACACAUGUUCAUACUGAGCAAAAGGCUUUGCCUCAUGUUUUGAGCAAGUUUUUCCAUCUUCAAGUAAUAGAUGUUGCUUUUUUGAUGCCAUUGCAUAUGCUUCAUGUAGAGGAUUGCGGAGAAUGGAGAAUACUUCCAUCUUUGGAAAUGCUUCGGUUUCUUAAAAGGUUGAAGUUGAGCGACAUGCUGGGAGUAAGAGAAGUAUUGGUUCCACCAUUGGAGGAGCUGGUUUUAGAUGGAAUGCCAGAUUUACAGAGAUGUUUCUGCACUUCUGUGGGGGAUAUGAAGUCUAGUAUAAGGGUGCUCGAGAUCCAGAGAUGCCCUAUACUUGAGGUGUUCGAUCUGUUUCAGAAAGGUCAUAACUAUGAAAUUGAGCAUACGGCAUGGUUUCCCGGUCUGAAGAAACUCACCAUGCAUGAUUGCCCUCAUUUGCAAGUACAGAUCGCCCUUCCGCCUUCGGCCACAUUUUCUGAGAUAUUUAUCAUGGGAGUUUCAAAAAAUAUGACAAUGCAAGGAUCUUCCAUGGAAACAUUCAAAAUUGACGGAAAUCUACUUCCGUAUGACCUUUUUGGUGAGAGGAUAGCACUUGAUGACCAAAAUUUGGCAUUCCAUAAUCUUAAGGAUAUCAAAUACUUGAAGAUAUCAAUGUGCACAAAACUAACAUCUAUUUCAUUCAAAGGAUUAAGUCAGCUCAGCAGCUUAAAGAGUUUGGAAAUAUGGAGCUGCGGAGAACUUUUCACUUCAGAUGAUGUGCCAGAACACACCCAUCAAGACAUGAUAACUGCAAAUGAUGCUGCUCUCCCGGCUCUUGAAAGUCUCAGUAUUCGUUCUUGUGGAAUAACGGGGAAGUGGCUAUCUCUGAUAUUGCAACAUUCGCCAACCCUGAAGGAACUAGAGUUAUAUUACUGCCCACAGCUGAAAGGAAAGAUACAGUCAAACCUUCUCCCGGCUUCCGAGGCUUUGUCAUCAGGAUAUCUAGAUGAUGCAUUACGAAGCUCAAUUCGAGCAUUAUCAGGAUAUGUAGCUGAUGCACGGCCAAUCUCAGUUGUAGAUGGAGUCGUGCACAUUCCAUUGAAUCUCAGAAAGAUAAAAAUUUGUGGAUGCCCUCAUCUAAUAUUUGACGGGACUAAGGAAGGCUUUGCUGGAUUUACCUCCCUUGUGGAGGAGGUUGAGGAAGACGGUCAAGAGAAUGGGAGAUGUCUCCUCCCGCAAUCACUUGAACAACUUGUUUGGCGUCAUUAUUCCCGAAAAUCUCUGCGACCCUGCUUUAUGGGUAAUCUCACGUGCCUCAAAAAGUUAGAAGUAGGCAUAGGAAGUUUGGAAUAUCUACAGCUGGAUUCAUGUACGGCCUUGGAAGAAUUGAAUAUUCAGUGCUGUGAAUGCCUCUUCCUAUUGGAGGGCAUGGAAUCGCUUGGAACCCUCAGGUCUUUGGUAUUAAGUAAUAACUCAAUGUUACAAUCUCUAGACCUGAAUUCAUGCACGGCGCUGGAACGUUUGGAAAUUUAUUACUGUGGUUCGCUCUUCACAGUAGAGGGCUUGCGAUCCCUCGUGAACCUCAAGCAUUUGGAAAUAGUCGAUUCCCCAACUGAGGGGAUUUCAAGCCAUAGCCAAGAGUUAUUCCCUGCGCUGGAAAAUCUCAAGACUGAUGACGUGUCUCAUCUUAAGACGUCAUUCUGCAAGGGCCUCACCUGCCUCCGAAGCCUAACACUUUUUUAUUUGGAUGCAACGAGGCAAACGGAUGAUCAAGAGAGAGCGCUUCUGCUCCUCAGGUCCCUGCAAAAGCUCUGCUUUGAAGGUUGUGAGGAUCUCGUGGAUCUCCCCGCGGGGCUGGGGGGCCUCCUUUCCCUCAAGACGUUGAUGAUCAAGAUUUGUGAUCGCAUCUCAGGUCUUCCGAAGAAGGGCCUCCCACCUUCCCUGGAAAAGCUGGAUAUCUGGUGCUGCAGCGACGAGUUAUCAGAAGGAUGCAGAUCACUUGCAACAAGCAAGCUAGAGGUCAAAAUUGAUGGGGACUAUGUUGACUGAUUACCAAGUAGUAUAUCUUUCUAAGGUUCGGUUUCACUUCAGAACCUUGUCCUCAGGCGGUCAUCAUAACGUUGAAGAUAGACGAACGCUGGGAGUUGCUGGGAUUUCAGAAAACAAACUGGGGAUUUAUGCCGUCAUGUCGGAGAAGCCUACCUACUAUUGUGCUGCCAUAUCAGAAAUCUGAAAUCUUCAACAGUUCCUUGACUGCACUCAGGAGACAGAUCCAGACAUGCUGGGAUAGGAAUUUGAUAAUCAGACCAGACCAAUAUGCUUGAUCGAACUCGUAUCACACUUAGUCAGAAAUUUGGGAUGGCCUUGCCAGAAGACGUACUUUCUGAACCUGACUCCUCCGACCUGAAGAGUUCCUGGUCAUCUCUGUUUCAUGUUCAGGGUUCAGGCAAGCCAAGCAAACCCGGCUGCAUGCUCACUGGUAAUACAAACAACCCCAUUUUGAAGGCGCAAUGGAUGAGCUAUGUCGACACACUGCUUGCUUGACCAUUUUAUGAACCUUCUAUGCAACAAAGGAGGAUCCAGGGGCAAGUAUUGACGGUGGUUGUCGUCCCGAGUUUAUUUUCAGCAGCAUGGUCUGCGGCAAAAGCACGUUUCUUGACAGCCUUAUUUUUUUCUCUGAGAUGCUGUUCAUGAACCUCAUCAACUUGUUAGAUGUUGGUGUGCUACCAUUUCAGAAGAAUGCCUCCUUGUAACUUAUAAACGUUGCUGGAUUACCAUUUUUAUGUUAUAAGUAACUAGCAAAAGAGCCCGUGCGUUGCACCGGGAGCAUAUACAAAUAAAA